UAGUGGUCUCACCAGGUAGUGGUUCUUCUGUGUGCAACAAUGGCCAAGGCACUGCAGACACAAAACCUUCUCAAAACACAAACUCUGAGACCUUUCUCUUCCUUCCUCAAUCCAUGUCAUGCCAACUCCACUCACGCACAUCCCAAUCCCACCCUUCACGAUCUCAUCUGUGCCCGGAACCUUCCAGAAGCGCAGGCCCUCCUCCUUCGAACCAUCCGCAAGCGCGGCGUCUCCCGCCCCCAAAUAAUCGAUUCCCUCCUCCCUGCAUCCCCCUCCGACGCCGCCACCGCCACCGCCACCGUCUGCGACUUGCUCAUAAGAACCUACGUCCAGGCCCGGAAGCUUCGAGAAGGUUCCGAAGCCUUCCGCCUGCUAAGGCAGCGCGGCUUCCCCAUCUCCAUCAACGCCUCUAACGCGCUUCUCGCGGCGCUCGUCAAAGCGAGCUGGGUUGACCUGGCGUGGGCGGUCUUCGACGACGUCGUCUCAAGCGGCGCAAGGGUUAACGUGUUCACUCUCAACAUCAUGGUCAAUGCAUUGUGCAAAGACGGUAAGUUCCACAAAGUUAAGGCUUUUUUCUCCCAAAUGGAAGCUAAAGGGGUUUUCCCCGAUGUCGUCACCUACAACACGCUCAUCAACGCGCAUUCUCUUAUGGGGAACGAGUCAGAGGCAUUCGAGUUGCUGAACUCGAUGCGGGGUCUAGGGUUGAAGCCUGGGGUUUAUACUUACAAUGCAAUUAUCAAUGGGUUGUGUAAGAAGGGGAUGUACGAGAGAGCGAGGGGUGUCUUGGAUGAGAUGUUGGGGGUGGGGUUGAGUCCUGAUGCUGCCACGUUUAAUCCCUUGUUGGUGGAGAGUUGUAGGAAGGAUGAUGUUCGUGAAGCUGAGAGGGUUUUUGAUGAAAUGUUGGGUUAUGGUGUUGUUCCUGAUUUGAUUAGUUUUGGUUCUGUGAUUGGGGUGUUCUCCAGGAAUGGGUGCUUUGAUAGGGCGUUGGAGUAUUUUAGGAAGUUGAAGGGUGCUGGGUUGGUUGCUGAUACUGUGAUUUAUACUAUUCUCAUUGAUGGGUAUUGCAGGAAUGGCAAUGUGGCUGAGGCGUUGAAUGUGCGCAACGAGAUGGUUGCGCGGGGUUGUGUGAUGGACGUGGUUACUUAUAACACUUUGUUGAAUGGAUUGUGCAAGGGGAAGAUGCUUGGUGAUGCUGAUGAGUUGUUCAGGGAGAUGGUGGAAAGGGGAGUUUUUCCUGAUUACUACACUCUUACAACGCUUAUUCGUGGAUAUUGUAAGGAUGGGAACAUGAAUAGGGCUCUUGGUUUGUUUGAGAGCAUGACACAAAGGAGCCUGAAGCCUGAUGUUGUGACUUAUAAUACUUUGAUGGAUGGUUUUUGCAAGAUUGGUGAAAUGGAGAGAGCUAAGGAGUUGUGGGGUGAUAUGGUAAGCAGGGGAAUAUUGCCCAACUAUGUAUCGUUUAGCAUUUUGAUAAAUGGGUUUUGCAGUUUAGGUCUUAUGGGGGAGGCAUUCAGGGUGUGGGAUGAUAUGAUGGAAAAAGGUGUUAGGCCUACUCUGGUUACAUGCAACACUGUUAUAAAGGGCUUUUUGCGUGCUGGCAAUGUGUCGAAGGCAAGCGAGUUCUUGAACAAGAUGAUUAUGGAAGGAGUUUCUCCUGAUUGCAUUUCGUAUAAUACACUUAUUAAUGGGUUUGUGAAGGAAGAGAAUUUUGACAGGGCUUUUGUCUUGGUUAAUAGCAUGGAAGAACGAGGGCUAGUGCCUGAUGUUGUCACAUAUAAUGCAAUUCUUGGUGGAUAUUGUAGGCAAGGGAGAAUGCAUGAGGCUGAGAUGGUGUUACGCAAGAUGAUUGACAGUGGAAUCAAUCCUGAUAGAGCAACAUACACGGCAAUGAUAAACGGGCAUGUCUCUCUAGACAACCUGAAAGAAGCAUUCCGCUUCCAUGAUGAAAUGCUGCAAAGGGGAUUUGUGCCAGAUGAUAAAUUCUAAGACAUACGGUUUGUUAUCUAAAGGUCUAGUUGUGGACCAUGUCUGUGUCUGGUUCUACAUAUCACAUGAAGCACAACCAUGAUGGAUGCUUGGAAAUGAGAUUCUAUCUUGUGACUUUCAAUUUGAGCAAAGGGAUCUUGUAUGUUUUGGAUGCUUGGAAAUGCAACCCAUCCAUGUUUCUAAUUUCCAAUCAUUGUUUGCAGGAGCCAGGAGGUGUACUCUACCAUCUUUCAUGAACUUCAUACUAAUGUUUUUGUAAGUAUAUUUUACAUGGAAUUGGGAUUACUUAACAGGGAGGAAAUGCAAUUGGGUAAACACUAUUGUGGGUUGGGAUUGCUAUUGUAAGAGCUAAAUUGCUUCAUUGGUUAUAUUAACCUAACCUUUAUUAUUUGUCAGCACACCAAAUGUGGACUCGGGCCCAAUUUUGAGGCCCAUAAUUUGGAGGGUUUAUUCCAGAAGAAACAAGAAAAGGAGUGAGUGUUGAGGUGGUAGAGAGAGUAGUAGGCUUUGGGUUGUGAAGGGAAUUCUAUAAUAGUGUCCGAAAGGGAAGGGGGAGAGAGGAUUGGAAAGGUUGAAGUUGGUUAUGGGUAGAGAGCGUUUGUGUCUCUGAAGGAGGGUUGCUCUGGACAGUGGGAAUUACUAUUCCUCUGUAUUCUCCUUUUAUGCUUCAUAAUACAGUGAUGAAGAGGAAGGAGAAGCUAAUGUAUUGACAACAGAAGGGGAGGAAGAAACAGAAUUGGAUGGUGGCGCCACUUGGGGAGAAGCUAAUGUAGUGUGAUACACUUGGGGAGCUUGAUUCUAGAUUUGAGUUGGAAACCACAGACCAUGAAAUUGAAGGGGUUUGUGAAAGGAGUACCAAUUCACAUAUUAGUUGACAGUAGCGCCACACACAAUUUUAUAUCUUCAAAGUUGGUAGCGGCUUUGGGGUUCUCAGUAGAAGAGACUCGUCCAAAGCGGAUAAAUAUGGGUGAUGGCUACAAGGCCAUAGCCCAAGGCACUUGUAAAGGCUGAGGGUUGGAGUUGGGAGCUAUCACACUUCCUGUGGAUACAUUCCCUUUCGAACUAGAAGGGAUAGAUCUGGUACUUGGAAUUUCGUGGCUAGCCUCUCUUGGCAGCAUGUGGGUUGAUUGGAAGAAACAAAGCAUGCAAUUUCAGUUUCCUGAUAAAUGGGUUGAACUUAAAGGAGAAGACAACAGAGUUCCGGGUCAAGCGGGAGAGAGAGUAGUAGGUUUUCAGUUGUGAAGGGAAUUCUGUUAUAAGGUUCAGAAGGGAAGAGAUAGGGGAUUGGAAAGGUUGAAGUUGAUUAUGGGCAGAGAGCAUUUGUGCCUCUGAAGGAGCAUUGCUCUGGACAGUGGGAAUUACUAUUCCGCUAUAUUCUCCUUUUAUGCUUCAUAAUACACUGAUUUUCUUAGUAGUGAUUGUUGUUCACUACUAUUUUUCCUUAAUUCUGUUUGUGGUUUCUAACAUUAUUGAACACAAUAUACAUCACCUACAUGGAAUUCAUACUUUCUGUUUUAUUGAAGGGGAAGCCUUGAAGUCAUUGUAAUUGUGAAAAGUAGCAUGGGAGUUGAAGCAUUCCUUUUUCUUGCUCUAAAGUAGUAUGAGCAUGAUCACCGGUCCCCCCCUAAGGUCUGGUUCAAGUUAAUUUUAAUGCAGAAAUUCCAUGACAAUUGAAGUUUAUUUGACAAAUAUGCAGAAAUGAUAUGGAAUUGGCAGUGGCUGGUUAGACCAAUAUAGUGUGUUUGGAUUUCUGUUUCAACACACUAACGGCCAAUGAUUUCAAUCUAACAUGAGAGAACCUUUUCCAUUUAGGUGCAUUGAAAUGUGUGAGAACUAGUAUUCAAACACAUGCAUAAUCAUAUAUCCAUUUCUGGGUAUGUUUUUUGACAGUUAGAAAAGCAAGCAACAAAUUGUAGAAACUUUUUUUUAUUUUUGUUGAUGAUCCAUAUGAAUUUGCUUUCCCAGUUUCAAACUCGUUCCUUAUUGUUAUUCUGUUGGUUGUCUACUGGUUAAGAGGGAUGUAAAUGUUAUAGAGCAUUAGCUGCAUCUGCCUUGUGACCUGAAGGUCAUAGAUUUUAUUGUGGAUAAAAUUUUAGAUCCCGUGUCAUAUGUAUUGUUGGUGGUGUUGUACAAUCAAAAUAAGAGUUUCACCUUAGUAUGCAUAAUUUAAGA